AUGUUUGAAUCAGCUGAUGGUCUUUUUGGUACUUACAUCACUGAAAAAUGGCUUAUUGAUGAGCUGUCUUCACUCCAUAAUACUAAGUUUUCCAAUGCCAGAUUCAAGCGAAUAGGUGAGAAUGAGGGUUCCUUUUCGCGAAUAUGUCUGAUGGAGUCUGAUAGCAGUGGAAGUUUACCAAGGAAGAUAAUUAUUCCCACAUGUCUUACAUAUGUGGAAAAUCGUAAACGUCGAGGAUGGACACAGGGCGAUUACACAUAUGUUAAGUAUCUUCUAAAACAGUACCACAAUACUGAAACACUAUUCUAUCAAUAUGCCCGUGAUGUUCCUGGAGUUCCUCACACAUUCCUAUCCUAUGCUUUGGACAAAGAUGACCGUGGUAUCAUUUGUAUGGAAUACUUCGAAGGAUGUAAUACGUUACCUGUCUACGAAGAGUUAGGCGUUGAACAGAUGAAGUCGAUGACCCAUUUUGGAAAUCCUGUUGAAGAUUUGCUGCGGCUAUUCUGCAUUGGACUCAGCUAUAAAAGUAGAAAGGAACACACCACCGUAUUGCUACAGUACUACCUCGGCACUAUCACCUCGCUAUUGCCAGAAAUGAAGAAUGUUGUGACAUUAGAGCAGCUGGAGUUAUGGUAUGAAGAAAUUUUUCCCGUUGCUGGCUUAUGGACCAUUGUCAGUUUAUAUGCUUCCUAUGAAGCAGCCGUAUCGCAAUUACCUGAAGACCAUACAAGGACAAAAUCAGUCCAAGAGAAGAUACACGGCGUUGCUUCGGACAUUCUGGAGAAAUCGAUAAAUCGAUAA